AUGCAGAACUACCACGACUAUGACGCCGGGGCAGUGAUGCUCGAUGCUGUCCACGCGGACGACCUUUCGACAGUUGAGACGGCAAUAACAAAUUUCAAGCAGUACAUCAAAAGAAACUUGGUGGAUCUGGAUUACGCUUUGCCUUACGUGACGUUUUUGAUCAGCAUGUACGAGACGAAGGAUCUUGCUGUACUUUCGUUUAGCACGUUGUGCCACCUCAUCAAGAGAAUCAGCAUACAGGACCCCUCCGUUUUACAACACGUCUAUGACCCGGUGGUGCCGUUUCUGUUGCACAGACUGGCGGACCACAAGGAUUCGAUAAAAAUGACGGCCUUGAAGUCAUUGAAAACGUGCAUAGAUUCAUGUGUGUCGAGAAACAUUGAUUCUUUGAUACGCUUCCUCAUACAGGACGGGUUGAUGAUCGACGAUGCGCAAAUUCAAAUAACUGUUAUAGACAUUCUAGAUCAAAUCAUAGACCCAAAUUCCAACUUUAAUUUCUCGUUCAAAAUGGUUUUAUCUGCAUCGGUGAAGCUAUUAAAAUCUCGCAACUUCACAGUCUCAUCCAAAUCCGCAGAUCUGAUCAAAGUGUACUUUACACUCAUAAACCCGAACAAUAACACCGCAAAAUCGGACCUCCUAAACGACCUGAUAUCAAAUGAUGUACCGGAGCGAAUCUUGACCAACUUGCUUAAGUCAAUAGAUGGAUCGUUGUACAAAAAGUAUAUAUCAUUGACAAAUCCGGACCAAUCUUCGCAGGUGAGUGAUUUGGCAUCAAAUGUUGAUAAACUCAAUUACAUGUUGGACCAGACUCCGAACUGGAAUAUAGAUGACUCAUCUUUAUCAGUUGUGGGUGAAAACGAUGAUGUGAAUUAUGAAGCCCUUCUUUUUGAAUCUGAACAACUAUUUGAAGGGAAAGAGACUGAAAAGAACUGGAAAAGCAGGCAGCAGUUCAUUAUAAAAGUAAGACAGAUUCUUCGUGGGAAGAGUUUCUUAUUAAACAUAGACAGUUCUCUUGCGUUUGUAAAAGAAAUUAGAGAUCGAGUCACCAAAGGAAUGCUUUCGUUGAGAACAACACUUUCCAACAAUUCUUGCCAGCUAUGCAAGGAACUUGUAAUACAUAUGGGUUCAUUUCUAGACUUCACCUUUAUCGAACCUUUGCUGAUGAGUUUACUCAGACUAACGUCAGCAAGGAAAAUUAUGCAGCAUCAAAAUGCUAAUGUUGCCAUCAUUGCCAUCUUGUUGUAUAUUAACUUGAAUCCUAAAGUAUUCAGUAUUUUGAAUGCAACUAUUCAAGAAAAGAACAUCCAACCUCGUGUCUAUACCGGUAACUGGAUUCAAUUGAUUUUGUUGAAGUAUUAUAGCCCACAGAAUCUGGAAAACUUCUACUUUCUAGUUGAAUCUAUUGAAGGUAUCAUGAUCAAAGGCAUUUCCGACCCUAUUCCGCAAGUCAAGGAUGCGAUGAGAAAUGCAUUCUGGACGCUUUGUGAAUUUGACUCCUCAUAUGAGACAAAAAUUACAAAAAAAUUGGAUUUUGCAAUAGUGAGGGCACUGGAGAGAUCAAAAAAUGUCUACUUGAACAGCAAUAAUAUUAAGUCCAAACAAAUGCAAAAACGUGAACCAAUAAAGGAUCAGAUCAGUGAUUUCGAAAAGGAAGAGCAUCUCCCGCCUCAAGACUCGUAUCCAAUCAGUCGAAAAGAGCAGAAUAAGGUAAUGGAUAAAGAGAAUAUACAGCUCCAAUACGAGCCAAUAAGGAAGUCCAUACGAAGUGAGUCUUUGGACGAAGCAAGGAUGACACAAAAGAAAAAGCAGCAUGUUCUGAGGAAUCAUACUGUUGAUGUAAACCCUUCGGCAACUAUACUGGAAACUAACUAUGCUGCAUCAACAAACAAUGAUGACUUAGUGGAUGAAUUUACAGGAAGAAUCAAAAGGGAAAACGUUAUAUACGAAGAGAUCACAUCAGACUCAAAGGCAUUACAAGCAGAAGGAUUCAGUAAACUUUUGAAAGAAAACGAUUCUUCAUUGACUAUAAAGUUUCAUGGAGCGUUGAACAAUUUGACGAUUUUAAAUGCUGACCUUUUCAAUUUAAUUUUUAUGGAAGGUAAUGAGAAGUUUUUUCGCAAAAUCUCAAGUUACCUUUCAACUGAAAACACCUUGAGGUUAUUUUGUUUGUAUUUAAUCAAGUCAGGAGAUUACAACCGGAUUGAUUUUGUCAUUAAUGAGCUAUCUUUGGAAGAUACAUGUCUUUCGAUUAUUAACAUUUUGAACCUAUCAAUAGAUGCAUCCAAGAUAGACAACAUUAAUUUAUCAAUCCAGUACAUUAAGAAUCGGUUCAAAAUUAUUCAUUCUAUUUUAAAGAUUUUCAAUGCAUUAAUUGCUCUGAAGAGAAACAUCAUCAAAUCAUAUCUGUUAUCAAGUAUCUUCGAAUGCCUCUUUUUGAGUUUUGGAAUAGUUGAUGAUGACCUGAUAAAGAAAGAAUAUGUUUCCACAUUCAAUAUAUGCCUCCAGGAAUACGACGAUCUUUUUAAAAGAUCACUCAAGGAAGUUAAGGAUCCUGCGUUGAAGAAAGAGAUACACAUUUCAUUAAGCUUGCCGGUUGAUGACGAAGAUGCUGACCAAGGAGAUGUUGAGAUGUUUAAAGAAGUUGAUGGAGAGAAAGAAAAAGAGGGAGAAAAUACCAAAUUUUUAUCGCCAUUCAAAAUUGAUGCUGAGGAGUUCGAUGAUAAUAUUGACGGAAUGACUAAAGUGAUACCGAAGCUGAAAAGUUUUGAGCCCGGAAAUGAAAAUAAAAAACAACCUUUGAAAAACACAGUUGUUUCAGAUUUCACCAUGAUUUUUCCAAAACAUGCAGGAAGUAAAUUAUUUGAUUUCGACAAAAUAGAAAUUAAGCAUGAGGAGACAGAUCGUGAUAUGAGCGUAGGAGUUGAUGAGGUGAUAAGUCAGAUAGAAAAAGAUGAUGAAAGAAGUGAAAUGGAGGAUGUUGAGGAGAUUGGUAGUGAAGUAGGAUCGGAACAUAUAGGUGAUGCAGAGGACAGAGCAGAAGUAGCACCCAAAACAAUGACAGAGGGAUCACGAAUUGAGUCGGAUGAGCCAUUCGAAGGGAAGGAGUUUGCUGCGGAAGAAACGCAUGAUGAUAUUAUGCCUGAAAAGGAGAAAUCAAUACUGAGUGAUUCUACUCCUGACAUGAACCAAUUAACCAUCGAUGAAAACAAAGAGAUGGGUGGCUAUCUUGGGCUAGUAGUCAAAGAAAUAUUGCAGUAUGAACCUGCCGAGGAUUUCAAAGCGGCGUCUGUGUUGAACUCAUUAAACGAUAUUGAGACUCUUAGCUGGGUUCUAAGCAAUGCCGACUCUGUUGAUCGUUCUGAGCUUUACGCCAAACUUGCCGAACAGCUGAGGGGAGAACACCAAAUUGAAUGUCUUGCAGUGCUGAAGUACUUUUAUGAUAUGUGGCCUGAAGAGAUUGAUGCAUCAGUCAUUCGAGUUUUCAACGAAAUUAUAAGCAACACCACCACCGCUACUGAACUGUUUCUAGGAGUGCUUGAAAUUGUAGAGCUUGUGGACGUCAAAGUGCUGGUUUCAGUAGGGAAAAUACAUUCUCUUCAUCCUCGGCUUCAGGAGAUUGUUCUUAGAUGUAUCUUACAGAGGAUGCAAAGUAACAGAGUGGAUUGUGAAGACAUUUUCAUGAUUGAGCGUAUAAUCAAUCGUGGAUGUGAACACGAUGAUAGCUUCAUUCGCAUGAACAGCUAUCUGAUAUACAAAGAGAUGUACCGGAUGUUUAUCGAUAAAACCUGCGAUUCUCAGGGGAUUGAGCUGGUUGAUUAUGUGACUGUUGAUGGCAUGAAAGACAGCAUCAAACUGUUCUGUGGGGUGCCUGUGUCGCUCGAAGAGUGA